CUUAUAACAUGUGUCUGUGUCUUUUUGUUUAUUGAGACUCCCACUCAAAUAAUAGAGUCAAGAAAAGUAAAAGGAAAGAGGAAACGAAAAGUCAUAUAAAAAAUAUCGUGCAUGAUUUUAAUCUCAUCAAUAUAAACACCAACUCUUCAGGAGCACAUUCACCACUCACUCAUCAGUGUCCAAAAAAAAUAUGGCACCAUCUAUCAAACAAAUCUUCUCCAAAGAUAAUUUCAAGAAAAAUAAGAAACUUGUUUUACUAUCUACCGCCGUAUCCUUACUCCUAGUGGCUGCCGUCGCCGGAAUAGCCGCCGGAGCUUCAAAAGCCAACGAAAAACGAACUCUAUCACCGUCUUCUCACGCCGUGCUGAGAUCCGCAUGCAGCCCCACGCUUUACCCUGAGCUAUGCAUCUCGGCUGUGACCACCUCCGGUGGUGUCAAACUCACGUCGCAGAAAGACGUCAUUGAGGCUUCGCUUAACCUAACAACAAUCGCCGUGGAACACAAUUACUUCGGCGUCAAGAAACUGAUCAAGAAUAGGAAAGGACUAACUCCUCGCGAGAAGACGGCGCUUCAUGACUGUUUGGAGACUAUUGAUGAGACGCUAGAUGAGCUUCACGAGGCGUUGGAAGAUCUCCAUAUGUAUCCUAACAAGAAGUCUCUCCGGGAAAACGCCGGUGACCUCAAAACCCUAAUUAGCUCUGCCAUUACAAACCAGGAGACUUGUCUCGAUGGGUUCUCUCAUGAUGACGCCGACAAGAAAGUUCGUAAGGCCUUGUUGAAGGGUCAGAUACACGUAGAGCACAUGUGCAGCAACGCACUAGCAAUGAUCAAGAACAUGACUGAUACCGACAUAGCCAAUUUCGAGCUGAAAGCUAAACUCACCUCAAACAACCGUAAACUCAAGGAGGAGGAGACUAAUGUGGCCGUAGAUAUUGCCGGCGCCGGAGAGUUAGGUGCUGAUGGGUGGCCAUCUUGGUUAUCUGCGGGAGAUAGGAGGCUUCUUCAAGGGUCUACGGUGAAAGCCGAUGCCACCGUUGCGGCUGACGGUAGCGGGACAUUCAAGACUAUCUCGGCUGCGGUUGCGGCGGCCCCGGAGAAUAGUAACAAGAGGUAUGUAAUACAUAUAAAAGCAGGAGUUUAUAGAGAGAAUGUGGAAGUGGCCAAGAAGAAAAAGAACAUAAUGUUUAUGGGAGAUGGUCGGACAAGAACUAUUAUUACCGCAAGUAGAAACGUUGUCGACGGUAGCACUACGUUUCACUCCGCCACCGUUGCUGCUGUCGGCGAGAGAUUCCUAGCGCGUGACAUCACUUUCCAGAACACAGCGGGUCCGUCAAAGCACCAAGCAGUGGCUCUCCGUGUCGGUUCUGACUUCUCAGCGUUCUACCAAUGCGACAUGUUAGCGUACCAAGACACUCUCUACGUCCACUCCAACCGUCAGUUCUUUGUCAAGUGCCUCAUCGCCGGAACCGUCGACUUCAUCUUCGGAAACGCCGCCGUUGUUCUUCAAGACUGCGACAUCCACGCUCGCCGACCAAACUCUGGCCAGAAAAACAUGGUCACGGCACAAGGACGGACAGACCCUAACCAGAACACUGGGAUAGUUAUCCAAAAAUGUAGGAUUGGUGCCACGUCGGAUUUACAGUCCGUGAAAAGUAGUUUCCCAACGUAUCUUGGUCGGCCGUGGAAAGAGUACUCGCAGACGGUGAUAAUGCAGUCGGAUAUCUCAGAUGUGAUCCGACCCGAAGGGUGGUCCGAGUGGACCGGAUCGUUUGCGUUGAACACUUUGACUUAUAGAGAGUAUGCGAACAAAGGAGCAGGGGCUGGAACUGCAAAUAGAGUGAAGUGGAAGGGGUUUAAGGUGAUUACUGCUGCUGCUGAAGCUCAGCCAUAUACGGCUGGUCAGUUUAUUGGUGGUGGUGGCUGGUUAUCCUCAACCGGGUUCCCUUUCUCGCUUGGUCUUUGA